CCAAACCCCCCCACCCCCUCGCGUAGAUAAGCCUAGUAAUCAGUCUCGGCGGCGCGGGACGCUGUGGCGGGGGAGACCAGUGCGAGACUGCGCUGUCUUGUCCAUUGGGGGGAUUUGGGGCUGUGCGCGAGGCAGUUAAUAAUGCCCGUCCUCUCCCCAAGUCAGAGUCCGCUGCCAUGGCCGUCGCCGUCGCCGUCGACGUCCCCUCCUGCAUCCAGCUCCUCCGCUCCUGCAGCGCGGUCGCCGGCCGGCAGCUCCACCAGCUCCUCCUCAAAUCCGGCCACGUCCCCUCCUCGCUCCCGCCCACUAACUCCGUCCUCCUCAUGUACGCGCGCGGCUCUCCGCUCCACUCCCGCGACGCCCGCCGCCUGUUCGACGAAAUGCCCACGAAGAACUGCUUCUCCUAUAACUCCAUCAUCACCGCCCUCUUCAAGUCCGGAGACCACCGUGCGGCUCUCCGCGUGUUUCGCUCCAUGCCUGACAGGAACACCUUCUCCUACAACGCGGUGAUAACUGGCCUCACUGGUGCUGGGGAUCUCGACACCGCGAGUGAGUUGCUAGAUGAGAUGCCCGUGAAGGACGCCGUGGCUUGCAACGCUGUGUUGCAUAGUGGUUGGCGCCUGUGCUGAUCGGACGCAGUAUGAGAUUGGGAGGCAAGCUCACACCCGGUUGGUGGUUGCCAACACCGGGAUUGAUUCGAUAUUGGGCUGCGCGUUGAUUGACAUGUAUUGCAAGUGUGGGGAUUUGGACUCCGCUCACCAAGUUCUUGACAGGUUAGAACAUGUCGAUGAGAUUUCGCUGUCCGCAUUGGUCUAUGGCUACGCAUCUUGCGGACAGUUGCACAAGGCGUUAUGUCUUUUCGACAAGAUGGAGAGCCCCAGCAUUGCUCUAUGGACGUCUCUUAUCAGUGGUUGUAACCCUGCCUAUCAUGGAGAUGGUGCUUUUGUUCUUUUUGUAAGGAUGUUGCGGUCAGAAAUGUUGCCUAAUUCUACUAUUUAUGCCAUUGUUCUGAACAUGUGUGGCUUUUUAGGCAUGCUGAAGCCUGGUCAGCAGACGCAAGCUUGUGCUUUAAAGAGUGGGGCUGUCAAUGACUUGAUAGCAGCAAGUGCUCUCAUUGACUUCUACUCGAAAUGCGGCCUCUGGGCAGAUGCCUGCCAAGCUUUCAGUGAGCUUAGGCAUCAUGACACCAUUGUGCUCAACUCAAUGAUCACUGUAUACUCAAACUGUGGCCAAAUAGAUGAGGCUAGAAGAGUUUUUCGUUUGAUCCCUAGCAAGAGUGUCAUCUCAUGGAAUUCUAUGAUUGUUGGGUUCAGUCAAAACGGGCAUGCUCUUGAUGCAUUGGAGCUGUUCUGUGAGAUGCACCGGCUUGGUUUGCAGCUUGACAAUGUAGCUAUAUCCAGUGUCCUUAGUGCAUCAGGCAGCAUCUGCUCUGUAAGUUCCGGGGAGCAGAUUUUUGGUCUUGCUAUUGCGCUUGGUCUGCAGUCUGACCAUAUUGUAGCCUCCUCGCUCAUUGACCUAUACUGCAAAUGUGGUAACUUGGCCAAUGGACGCAGGAUCUUCAGUGGUAUUGCUAAUCCAGACGAAGUCCUGUGGAACUCAAUGCUUAUAGGUUAUGCUUCUAACGGGUAUGGACUCGAGGCACUGAAACUUCUAGAUUUAAUGCA